ACCUAUAGCUGUCACUGCCAUGUUUGCCUACUCUCUAGAGGUGGUCGAUUAAUGAUUGCAAGCUGUCGCGUGAUACGCGGGCAGAGAUACGUACAGCAGGGCAGGGAUCGCGGAUCUUCUUCCAUCAGUGCUCGCCACUGGGUGUACGGUCAGCUUGUCGCCGGCAGGGAGGGCAUCAUAUGCGCCUUGGUGUUGUUGCCUGCGGCGGGAAGAAGCUGGGACUGCGGGGAGAGAGAGGAGAAAGACGGGCGCUGAGGUCACAGCGUGGGUGUUGGUUGUCCUUCUCGCUUGCAGAGAGAGCUACCGGUAGUUGGAGGGAAGAAGCAAAGGGUUGUUGUCGUCGUCGUUUGGCUUGCGCGCGGAGGUGGGGAGGUGUAGAAGUGUGAAGGAGGGGAAGAGAGGAGGAGUAAAGGCGUGGGAGGAAGAAGGAAGUAGGAGAGCGAAGAAAGGAAGAAGAGAGAGAGAGAGCGAGAAGAGGGAAGAGAGAAGAAGAAGAGAAAGGGGGGAAAAGUAAUCGGCUAUGGCUAGCCGACGGAUCACGAGGGAGCUACAGGACAUCAAAAGAGAUCCGCCAUCGAAUUGUAGUGCGGGGCCAGUCGGAGAUGACCUCUUUCACUGGCAGGCUACCAUCAUGGGACCGUCGGACAGUCCUUAUGAGGGAGGGGUUUUUUAUGCUUCGAUUCACUUCCCGCCGGAUUACCCCUUCAAGCCGCCAAAAGUCAGUUUUCAAACGAAAGUUUAUCAUCCUAACAUCAACGCCAACGGGUCAAUCUGUCUCGACAUUCUCAAGGAACAGUGGAGUCCCGCGCUGACGAUUUCCAAGGUGUUGUUGUCGAUCUGUUCCCUGCUUAGCGACCCUAACCCUGAUGAUCCUCUCGUGCCGGAUAUCGCGCAGAUGUACAAAACCAACCGGGCCCAGUAUGAACACACGGCACGGGGAUGGACGCACAAGUACGCAAUGGGAGGCUAGAGGAGGAGGAGCUCCUGUGUGUGCCGUCUCUACGGCGUCGGUGGUGGUAGGUAGAAAAGAGCUUUGGAGAGAUAGGUUGGGUGGGGAGAUUUGGUGUGGAAAGAGAGUUCUUGUGGGAGGAGAGAGACUUGGUUGAGACACACUUGGUGGGAGGAGAGACUUCGUUGAGACAGUUUGCGAUACGUCGUUUGUCCUCGUCCAUCCGUCGAUUUACGCCAGGAUGACACGUGGCGCGCGCGAACGAGAGAGAGGAGAGAAUUCCCCUUUCGUCUGGCUUGUGGUAAGAAUCAGCGAUUUGAGAAGGAGGAUGGGCCGUAUGGACAUGGAUAGUGGGAAUGGAGUAGCUGUCAGAGUGGGGUGUGUGUGUGUGUGUGUGUGUGAGAGAGAGAGAGAGAGAGAGAGAGAGAGAGAGAGAGAGAGAGAGAGAGAGAGAGAGAGAGAGAGGCUCCGAUGAUCGGAAAAACGGGAGCUGAGGUGGUGGCCAUCGCAGAGAUGGGUGACAGGUCUACUAUGAGGCCUGUUGUGUUUGGACGAAUGUGGGCGAUUGAUUCUCUGUUUAUCGUUUUUUGUCGCUUUUUCGUUAGUUAGACAGCAGGGGUGGGGGGGGGGGGGGAGGAGGAGGGAGGAUAGAGAGGUAGAGCUGGUGAGGGCGCGGGCGUAGGCGAGGGAUCAGUGUGGCGCGGAGCAACGCGCCGAGCGCUGCUGCCGAUGGCGGGAACUGACUGGUAAGCAAGAGAGAGGGUCGCUUGAGCGGUUUUGGACUACCGGUGGUCUUCCCCUUCGUCUCGCCUGCUUCGAAGCGCGAGCAAAUGCAAUGCAACAACUCUGACGCAUGAGUGGAGUUGUGAAUUGUGUGCGCUGUGGAUAGAUUGUUGAUGAGGCCAAGCGUCGUUUGUGUAUGUAUGUGGGGGUAUCUCAAGGCAUCCCCUUCGACGACAAGCAGGGGGGGAGGCGGGCAGGUAAUAGAGAGGAGGAAGAGAAGAUCGAGAGAGAGAAGUGUUGGCUGGCUGGCGAAGAGAAGUUGUUCCCGGUUGGACUCCAUCGAUUAUCGUAUUAUUUGUAUAUGAACUUCAUUCGGUGGACUAGCAGCAGCUGUAUUGUCGAAAUCGACGGGCAAAAAAAGGGCUGUUGAAGAGGGGACUGUGCUUGUGAAGCUUGCCCUGAUGGGCGGAGUGGGUAUGAUUACAGUGAUUGGGGGUGAAAAUUAGGAGGAAGACUUGGGCGUGGGUGGGGUGGGGGCAGAACUGGGUGGGUGGGAUUCGCAUGUCGUCGUCGUUUGUGUAUCUGACCGAGCGUCUGUGUCGUUGAUAGGUGUCAGUGAUAUACUAAAGCUCAUUUCGCGCGUGUCCUAUCUAUCUUAUAGAUAUAUGAAGUAGCUGUCCUAUCCUAGAUAUAUGAAUUAGUUGUGGUACAUUGGUAUAUAUACGUAUAUAGCGUGUUGAUUUUCUGGAACGAGGAUUUUGGUGAAGCCACAACAGCGGCCAGCAGUUGGUGAGCUAGCGGAAGCAAGAGGGUAAAUGAAUAUAGGGGGUUCUGCGAAUGUGAGUGCGGUGAUGGAAACAGACUGAGAAAAGUGGGGAGGGGGGAAGAGAGAGAGAGAGAGAGAGAGAGAGGGGAGGACAUAAAUUGUGGGAUAAAGAUUCUAGAAGAGAGCAGCGUUCGCGCUUGGUUAAUCUUUGAUUGAGUGGUUCACGACCGGCUAGGGCGUUUCUUUUUUUUAUUUUUUUCCAUUCCUUUGGGGCAAUUCUUUCAUUUUUUAUUACAAUUUUUUGGUUGUUUUUCUUGCCCUCGCCCUGGCGAUUCUGCUCUGAUUGCCCCUCCGCUCCACAGUACAUCCCGGUAAAAGACUCGUACCUGGCAAUUUGUCGCUCCAUGUUUUAUUCUGAGGUGACAACAAGGCAGUUUUAUGUGGGCAUCACCAUCUUUCGCUCGCCGGCUGAUCUUCUUUCUUUGGUUUCUUCACUCGUAUCGUCUAUCCUGGUGUUUGUUUUUUCUGUGCCUGCGACCGUUAAAGCCUAAAAUUCCUACAGAGGGCGAGGCAGAGUGGAUAAAAGCCUCUCUCUCUCUCUCUGUGUAUGUGUGUGUGUGUGUAUGUGUGUGUGUGAGUGUGUGUGUGUGUGUGUGUGAGAGAGAGAGAGAGAGAGAGAGAGAGAGAGAGAGAGAGAGAGAGAGAGAGAGAGAGAUGUGUAAGUGUGAGGUACUCAAUCGAGGGACUAUCAUAUACCUUCAUCGUGGCGGAUGGUGGGGUUCGAGUAAUGCGAGAUCUUUGUAGAUCUUGCUGUUCAACCAUCAAAGUAAAUAGAAGGUCGUCAU